UGAUUUCAUUUGAUAUGAGAGUCAAAAAUAGGGCAAAAAAAUAAAAGAUGUAAUAAAUAAAUAUAGUCCGAGUAGUUGCAAUUUAAUCACAAUAAUUGUACUCACUUAAUUGCAUUCAACCAUAUGGACAUUAAAUAUUCCAAAUUAACUUUUUUUUUAAUCACUUGAAUCAUCUAAGACUUCAUCAUCAUCAUAAUCCUCACCUUCUCUCUCAGUCUCACCCAACUUCAUUCACUCUUUCAUAUUAUUUCUACUCUUUUAGUGAAGCUGCGACUACAUACCCACUUUGAAUUAAUCAUCUUCGAUAAGAAGAAGAAAAAGGUUUUCAAAUCAUCAAACUCUAACCAAGUUUGGGCACAACUUCUCAACUUAUAUUUUAUUCUUAAUUUCACAUUUAAAAAAAAAAAAAAACAUUAGUCCUUUUCUUCUGCCUUUAGUUUUUCAUUAGUUAAAAAAAAAAAAAAAAAAAAAAAAACUCUACUUUGGUUAGAAGAUUGAUUUGGUUAAUAGUUUUGUAAUUAACUUAUUUUCUUGUGAAGAAAAUUAAGAAAGGUGUGGUGUGGUGUGGUGUUGGAGAAGAAAGCUAUAUACAAUACUGAUCAGGACAAUGGCUUGCAUUGGUGAAAUUGCUGUUGGAGUUGCAUCUGCAAUUCUGGGAAAAAUAGGUGAGUAUACAGUUGCACCAGUGGGACGGCAGUUGGGUUAUCUGUUUCGCUACACAACCAACGUAAGUGAACUCCGGACUCAAUUGGAAGAUUUGAACAAUGCCACACAAAGAAUGGAACGCCGUGUCAAUGAAGCCCUGAAUAACUGUCAUGAAAUCGAGGCUGAUGUCCAAACAUGGCAGAAGAACGCUGAACAAAUCUCUGGAGAGGCCACCACUUUUCUUAACGCCGAAACUCAUGCAAAGGCCUUGUGCUCUUGUGGAUCCCCUCAUCAUUUGGUGACCCGACACCAACUCAGUAGGAAAGCAAACAAGAUGUCAAUCAACGUACGUGAACUGCUCUCCAAGAAUAAAGAAUUUGAUUCCAAAUCGAUUUCGUUUCCUCGUCGACCAGAAGAUUCCUCUGCAACACCAACGAAAGGGUACGAGAGUUUUUAUUCAAGGGGGGAAAUUAUGAAGAGCAUAUUGGCAGCUGUGAGAGAUGGUAAUAAGAGGAUAGGGUUGCAUGGAAUGGGUGGAAUUGGCAAGACUAUGCUUGCCAAAGAAAUUGCUAGACUAGCUCAGGAAGAGAAGUUGUUUAGUAAGGUGGUCAUGACAACUGUUUCUCAAACACCAAAUAUAAAAGAGAUUCAACAACAUAUUGCCGAAAAGCUUGGUUUGAAGUUGGAAGAGAAAGACAGUACGGGCAAGAGAGCAGAACUUCUUCGAAUGCGAUUGAAGCAAGACGAAAGCAAGAUUCUAUUAAUCCUUGACGAUAUUUGGAAUGAACUUGAUCUAGAAGCUAUUGGAAUCCAGGAAGAGUGCAGGAUGCUAAUAACCUCUAGAGAUCAACAAGUUUUACGCAACUUCAUGGGUGUGGCUGAGAGUAAUGUGUUCUUAAUUGGAGCUUUACAGUCGAGUGAAGCCAUCGAUUUGUUUAAGAGCAUCAUCGGAGACAUUGAAGCAGAUUACAUUAAAGAUUUGGCACUUAAGAUUGUUCAUGAAUGUGGAGGCCUGCCAAUUGCCAUUGCAACAGUGGCACAUGCUUUGAAAAACAAAAAAGAGGAGGCCAUAUGGAAGGAUGCAUUCCGACGACUAGAGAGUUCAAAUUAUGUGGAAAAAAAAGUCUACUCCAGCAUUAAGUUGAGUUACGAUUUUCUAGGAAGUCAGGAGGAAGAGGCCAAACUAUUGUUAUUGCUUUGUGCUUUACACAAGGAAGAUGAAGAAAUACAAGUGGAAGACUUGACAAGAUACAGCAUGGGUUGGCGCUUGCUUCAAGACAUCGAGACAGUGGAAGAUGCAAGAAACAGGGUGAAUUUGUUGGUUGUUAAAUUGAAAUCUCAUUGUCUUUUGUUGGAUGCAACUAAGACUGAUAAAGUGAAGAUGCACGAUGUCAUUCGAGACGUUUGCAUACACAUUGCGAAGGAAGACCAUGGGCAUAGGAUGAUGAAAAACAUUGCUAUGUGUGAAGAUGAAAGUACUAAAGCUUUUAAAGCAAUUUCCUUUGUUGAUUAUGAUGAUUUUGAUAAUCUUCCUCCAGAAUUGGAAUGUCCUAGUUUAGAAUUGCUUCUUCUAUCCAGUGCGCCUACUUUGGAAUCUAUUCCAGAUGAAUUUUUUAAGCAAACUGGCCUGCUUAAAGUUUUGAUUAUGAAUGGUACACGCCUGAGAUCAUUACCUUCGUCUUUUGCUUCUCUUCAAAAUCUCCGAACAUUAUGUCUGCGUGGUUCUUCUCUAGAAGACAUAGCAGUGAUUGGUCAGUUAACGAAUUUAAAAGCUCUUGAUCUGUCCAGGUCUUCUUACAUUGAGCGGUUGCCAAAAGAAAUAGGAGCAUUGAAGCGUUUGCAAGUGCUAGAUCUACGAAAAUGUACGGAUUUAAGAGUGAUCGAGGCAAAAGUCAUUUCAAAUUUGAAAGAAAUGGAAGAGCUCUAUCUUCCUCGUGAAUUUGAAGGAUGGGAUGAGAUUAUUAAUGAAGAAGGCGGAAUAAGAAAUGCCAGUCUUAUGGAGAUAAAGAGUUUGCAACAACUGACAGCUUUAAGUUUAUGUGUACCAAGUGAACAUGUUUUGCCACAGGGUUUGUUUUCUGAAAAAUUGGAGAGAUACCAUAUAUCUAUUGGAGUUGAAUAUUUCUCCUUCUUUUCCUUUGAUGUAGUUUCAAACAAGUGGUUGAGCCUAUGCCUCUCUGAAUUGGAUCAAGUGUGUGCACGUGAACUGAUAUCGUUGAUGAGAAGGUCCGAAUGUUUGUCAUUAACAGGAUCAAUGUCUGUGAACAAUGUUUCUCCAUCUUUGGUUAAUCAAGGUUUUCCUAGAUUGAAGUAUAUGAGAUUUCAUAAUAAUGAUGGGGUUCAAUGUAUCAUUAAUUCGACCGACGUAGCCUUUCUUCCACGUUUGGAGUCACUCAUACUCCAACAAUUAAGAAGCUUGGAAAGCAUAUGUCGUGGCAAUAAACUCCCAAGAGGCUCAUUCAAUGAAUUGAGAACGGUGGUAGUGAGUAAUUGUGGUAGAUUAAAGAAUUUGUUCCCUUUGAGUGUGGCCAAACUACUUCAUCAGAUUACAGUAGAAGAAUGUGAGAUGAUAGAAGAGAUCAUAGUGAGAGAAGAUGGUGAUGAAGUUGGCCAUAACAUUGAUGGUGAUGAUGAUCACUCUUCUUCUUUGCAAUUACGUUCCUUGCAUUUAGAGUAUUUACCAAAGUUGGUCCAAUUCUAUUGCUCCAACCACAGGGCAGUUUGGGAGUCAGAUCAUUCGAAGCCUUUAUUCAGUGAAACGGUUGCUAUUCCUAAAUUGGAGUAUUUGACUAUGAUGGGAACCAACAUAGAAAAUUUAUGGCCAGACCAACUUAUGGUAUCAUCAUCAUCAUCAAGUUCUUACAUGCAAAACUUAACAACCUUAGAAUUGGAAAGGUGCGAUAAUUUGAAGUAUCUAUUCUCUUUCUCUGUUGCUCAAAAGUUUGUAAACUUACAGAGUAUACGAGUCGCAAGUUGUAAGGGAAUGGAAGACAUAAUAAGAGUAGUGGAUCAACCUGGAGAAGAAGAAACUACUCAUCAUAAUCAGAUGGAAAGGAUUGAUUUGUUCCCUAAAUUAGAAUUUCUUCAGCUUGAUGGCCUUUCAUCCCUCCAAAGAUUUUGUAGUGCAACAGAUUCAUCAUCGUGUAUGGUAUUUCCACUCUUGUCAAAGCUAAUAAUAGAAAAAUGUCCAGGAAUGAAGGCAUUCGUUAGCUGUCCCACACAACCCUUUUAUUCUGAAAAGGUUUGUUUUCCUAAAUUGGAGGAUUUGACUAUGAUGGGAACCAACAUAGAAAAGUUAUGGCCAGACCAACUUAUGCUAUCAUCAUCAUCAUCAAGUUCUUACAUGCAAAACUUAACAACCUUAAAAGUGGAAAUGUGCCAUAAUUUAAAGUAUGUAUUCUCUUUCUCUCUUGCUCAAAAGUUUGUAAACUUAAAGAGUAUAGAAGUCAAAUAUUGUGAGGGAAUGGAAGACAUAAUAAGAGUAGUGGAUCAACCUGGAGAAGAAGAAACUACUCAUCAUAAUCAGAUGAAAAGGAUUGAUUUGUUCCCUAAAUUAGAAUCUGUAGAGCUUGAUCGCCUUUCAUCCCUCCAAACAUUUUGUAGUGCUGAAAAGACUUCAUUUCCCAACUUAAAAGUGUUGUAUGUUUCGAAUUGUGACAAUUUGAAGUCUCUGUUAUCAUCUGCCAUGCCUCGAAGUCUUGUACAACUUGAGAAAUUAAGUAUAUCUGAAUGUGAGAAGAUGGAAGAGGUAAUAGUUAUGAGUGAUCAUGAUAAGGAAUAUUCAUCAUCAUCAUCAGGUGGCACCAAUACUAAAGCAAUAAUACCAUUUCAAAAUCUUAGAUGUCUUGAGCUUUGUAGUCUUCCAAACUUUAUAAGGUUUUGUGAAUUAGGAGAUUAUUGCAUUGAAUGUCCAUUGUUGCUUGAAUUGGAAAUCAUGGAUUGUCCUAAACUGAAGGAAUUAUUUAUGGGUGUUAAAAGGACAUCAUCAUCAUGUACUAUUAAUACUACUGAUAAUAAUGUUAUUGGUGAAGAAAUGGAUAGGAUGGUGUCUGCUCCUAAUAAACAAAUUCUCUUCAAACACAAUAAUAAGGUAAUUGUCCCCAUGCUAAAGACAUUAAAGACUGAUUGGAGUGAAGUAAUUAAGGAGAUAUUUGAGAUGAGUAGUAAUUCAAUAGUAUUGUUUCCCAACCUUGAUACACUUCACUUGACCUGCACAUCUCCUGAUGAACCAAUUGGUGUACCAAAUUUGAAGUUAUUCUUAUACAAAUAUCAUACAAUUCGUACACUUAUAUUGUGGGGCUCCUUUGUGAAUAUGAGUAGUGAUGAUGAAUUGACCACCAACAACACUACCAAUGCUACUACUACUCAUCUUACAUCUACACCUUCUACUUCUUCUUUGGAGAAACUAUGGAUUACAGAUGCUGAUAUGCUUGAUCAUGUGUUUGGGGUGGAACCAUCAUCACAUAGUAAUACUACUAUUCUUCUCUUAUUUCCAAAUUUAAAAGAAAUUGAAGUUAUGGGAUGUAGGAGAUUACAGAGCUUUGCACCCUCCUUUAUGUGUUUCCCCAACUUGGAAACUCUAGAAGUAUCAACAUGCCAUGGGCUGAGGUAUUUAUUGUCUUCCUCAACAGCAACCACUCUUGUACAAUUGCAACGAAUGGAAAUAAGAGAUUGUGAUGAAAUGAAGGAGAUUAUUAUUAAUCAUAAUGGUAAUGAAGAAGAGGAAGAAGAAGAAAACCCCCGAAUUGUUUUCCGGAAUUUGAAGGAACUAUGGCUAACGAAUUUGCCCAGUCUCCAAAGCUUUUUCUACUCAGGAAAUAAAGUUACCAUGAGUAUCCCAAAUUUAGAACAAUUAUCGAUCUGGAGGUGUCCUGAGAUGAGGAGGUUUUCAGAUGGGAUCGUAGACCCCUCUGCAUCAUUAUUGAAGACAAUUCGGGUUGAAGGAGAAACAAUUGAUGUGGAAAGAGAUGAUGUUAAUGCAACCUUGGCAAAACUUUUCAGGGAAGAUAACAAUAAAAAUAAUAAUUCCGAUUGGGAUUACGACAACAAUAAUUUGGCUCAUUAAAAGGAUAAUAAUGAUGAACACUGCCAAGGCCAAGGCUAAGUUGGAUGCAAUGGGAUGAUGAUGGUAACGGUGAACACUGCCAAGGCUUGAUGAUGAAGAGUAUUAUAGUAUUGAUUCUGAAAUGAAGAAGAUUUGUGGAUCAAAAAGGGAGAAGUAAAUUGAUCAAAUAAAUGGAUGGAGAUGAGAUUUAAUAGUAAACAUUUGUGUUCUCUUGUUAAGUGUCCUAUAUAAAUAACACAUUUCAGUUUGUUUAAAGCCUUUUUGUUUGAUCUUUUCCUAAUUAAAUACAAUUCUACUUAAUUUAAUAGGAAGGAAUCUUCUAAAUCAUCAUCUUAAUUAAUAUUACUCCUUAUAGUAUAAUAUAAUAUUUGUUUGAGGCUUGAUUCCUUCUCUACCAACCAA